CAUCCCGAUGGCGACGGCGGCGGUUCGGGAGGUUUGCGGCGAGCAGCGCCCGGAGCGCGGCGAUCGCAGCGGCGCGACCCCCGCGCCCAGCGGCGGCGGCACCGGCACCGGCAGCACCACCACCACCGACCCCGGUACCCGCGGCCGCGCCGGGUCGUUGGAGCUGGCGGCGGCGCGGCGGCGGCUGGUGGCGGCCGAGGGGCGGCGGCGGGCGGCGGCCGAGCUGGAGGGGCGGGUGCUGCAGGUGCACUACGCGCUGCGGCACGCCGAGCUGCGCCUGGCCGCCCGCGCCGAGGCUCUGAGCCGCCUCGGGGCCGGCGUGGCGCAGGCUCAGCUGGCGCUGGCGGCGCACACUCAGCGCCUGCAGAAGGGGCUGCGCCGCCGGCCGCGCCCCCGCCCCGCCGCGCUCCUCGCCGCCGCCCGAGCGCUCCGCAGCUGCGUACCCUGCGCCCCCGCCCGCGCCCGCAACGGCGGCGGAGCGCCCGCAGCCAGGCGCCUGCCCGCGGCCCCGCGCAGCCCCGCGUAAGGGAGAGCGGGCGCUGCGCGGAUUGCGGACGCUGCGCGGAUUGCGGGCGUUGCGAUUCCCCCGCUCCGCGUAGCCCCGCAUAGGGGAGAACGGCGGCUACGUAGAUUGCGACCCCUCCCCGCCUAUGGGGAGGAACGGGGGCUACGCAGCUAGCGUACCCUGCGACCCUGCUCCGCGCAGCCCUGCCUAGGGGGGAACGGGGGGUCCGCGGUUUGCGUACCCGGCGACCCCCGCCCUGCUUAGGGGAUAACAAGGACUACGUAGCUUGCGUACCCUGCAACCCCCAUCCCACCCCGCCUAGGGGGGAACGGGGACUACCACUCCCCAGCGCAGCUCCGCAUAGAGGGGGGGAACGAGGCUACGCAGGUUGCGUAUGCUGCGUCCGUGCCUAGGGGGUAAUGGGGGCUCCGCGGCUUGCGUACCCUGAAACCCCGCUUCUCGCAGGCCCGCCUAGGGGAGAACGGGGCUAAGCGGAUUGCGUACCCUGCGACCCCCUCCCCGCCUAUGGGAAGGAACGGGGGCUACGCAGCUAGCGUACCCUGCGCUUCCCCCCACGGGAAAACGGAGCUGGGGAGGCUGAGGGGGUGGGGGGACUCAUUGGGUGUGGAGCCCUGGUGAACCUGAAGUGUCGAGACCCUGCAGGGUUUGGGGGUCCCGAGGACUUUAUGAGGUUGGGGGGACACAGCAGGGUCUGGGGGUUCCCAAGGACCCUGCAGG